GUAGUCUGUAUGUAAAUGGAGAAAUAUGAUUUGGAGGGUGUGAGCUCGGUCGUGACGUCGGCGAUUGACGCAGCCUCCUCACCGGGCGACCCCCACCCUCUCCUCCGCCCCGCUGGCACUGUCGCGUUAACAUGGGAAUAUGUAGCCAGCUCGCACAAUUUUGACAUCUUUCGAAGCCAAGGAGGCUCCGCCGCUUCCAGAUACAUAGAACGUGAAGCAGUGAUGGGCGGCCGCGACGACGUGAUGCCGUAUGUGGCCAACAAGCAGCAUGACGAGGAGCUGAAGAAGAACAAGCUGAAUGACCGGUGCGAUCACGAGUCGACAGGCAACAACGCCAAGUGGCGCAAGGAGGGCCAGAACCAGCUGCGCAAAGUGAGCGAGAACCAGCAGGAGCAGGACCACAACUGCAACAUCAGCCACAAUGGCAACCUGGAUGGGGAGCGCGAGGUGUCUCCUAAAGUAGCCACCAGGGAGGAUGCCAACAACAUUCUCAAUGAGCCACUCUUCAUCCACACCGUGGAUAAUGGCGAGGAGAAGGAGGGGAACGAAGAGGACAAAGGGGAGAAGUCGGAAGAAGCGGCUCCAGAUCAAGAGGAGGCCCCGAAAGGAGGCGCAAGAGAGGAAAGCGCCCCCGGCAGGAGCGCGUGCCUCCUUUUCGACAACGUCAAUGGGGCACCGAGCGAUGACGAGGCCAAUUGGCCCGCUGCCGCUCAGGACAACGCCCUUGACGCUUCUUCUAGCAACGGCAACAGAGACUCGUUCUGGGACUCCAGCACCUUCGAAACGGACACAGACCUGCCGGCCGGCUGGAUGCGGGUGCGCGACACAUCGGGCACCUACUACUGGCAUAUCCCCACCGGCACCACCCAGUGGGAGCCCCCCUCUCCCCUAGGGAAGGUGGAUGACUCCGUCCUGUCCUCCACCAUGUCGCUGGAGACCACACCGUGCGAGGAGCCCGAGGAAUCCUGGGCCCAGUUUUCCAGCACAGACGAAGGUGGUGCUGAUGGAGAGCUGUGGAAGGAGGAAACAGAGGUUGCGUCCGAUCAAAGCCUGCGAGAAUUCGAGGGGGCAACUUUACGAUAUGCUUCCAUCAACCUCAACUACAACUGCUCCCAGUCCGAAGAUGAUGAGAAGUUGGUUCCACUCUGCACUGAUUUAGAGAGCAAGUGCUUCGCUGUGCGUUCCUUGGGCUGGGUGGAGAUGUCGGAGGAAGACAUGGCGCCAGGCAAGAGCAGUGUGGCGGUCAACAACUGCAUCCGGCAGCUGUCCUACCACAAGCACAACCUGCAUGACACUGCCGGGAUCUGGGGAGAGGGCAAGGACAUGCUGAUGGUGCUGGAGAACGACACCAUGAACCUGAUCGAUCCGCUGGGACAGACGCUGCUUCACACGCAGCCCAUCGGGAGCAUCCGAGUUUGGGGUGUCGGCAGAGACAACGGCAGGGAUUUCGCCUACGUUGCUCGGGACAACCUGACGCAGGUUCUGAAGUGUCACGUUUUUCGCUGCGACUCGCCCGCCAAGAACAUCGCCACCACUUUGCACGAGAUGUGCUCCAAGAUAAUGAUGGAAAGGAAGGCGUCCAAACCGGGUCUGAGUCGACUCACCUCGGACACGGGAAAGCCUUUGUCUGUGCAGGAAUUUCCAGCUCCCAAAAAUGAACUUUUCCAGCGCUUUCACGUGUAUUACCUUGGAUGUGAUCCUGUGCUGAAACCCGUGGGUAUGGACGUGAUUAAUGACGCUCUGGAGGCGGCCGUGGAGGGCAAGGACAAGAGCGACUGGAUGCCGGUGUCUGUCAACGUGGCGCCUGCUACACUCACCAUCCUCGCAAAACAGACGGAAGAGGUGCUGUCAGAGUGCCGAGUGCGCUUCCUGUCCUUCAUGGGCGUGGGCAGGGACGUGCGCACCUUCGCCUUCAUCAUGGCCGAUGGCCCGCGAGACUUCACUUGCCACAAGUUCUGGUGCGAGCCCAACGCCGCCAGCCUCAGCGAGGCAGUACAGGCCGCAUGCAUGCUACGGUACCAGAAGUGUCUGGACGCCCGCCCGCCCAGCCUGGCCUCCUGCUUGCCAACCCCGCCCGCCGACUCUGUGGCGCGACGCGUCAAGAAGGGUGUGCAGAGUCUGCUGGGCAGCUUGAAGAGCUACAGGUCCGGCUCGCAGUCGCCUUGAGCUUGAGCUGCCCCACCAGGGAGGUCCAUUCACUACGUCUCCACGUCACCCUCGUUUUCCGUCACACUUAUACACUCGUCAUGUCGUGUUGUGGAGUAGCUCUUGGGGGGGGAAAAAGUGCAAUGACUUUAUUGCCCCCGGACCCCAAAUUAAUUUUUUGGUAUAAAUUUCGUAGCUGAGAUUCCAGAAUCAUUGGGAUUAUUUUAUGUGACUCUUAAUUAUUUUUGUGUUUUAACAGAAACUACGUUCGGAAUGUAGGGCCGAAAUGUACGUCACACGCGAAAAGAUAGAUUCUCACACUAAGUUGUUCCCUCUCACGCCUCAGUGCAGUGUCCCUCUAACAAGUGUCAAACAAAAAGCUCACGUUCCGUCACAUAACCGGCACGUGAAUAUGUGCAAUCUACGCGUCAUCCGAUUGAUGCGGUUGCUCCUCUCAGCAGUUUUUCAUCAUGACUGCCGCCAUGUACAAUAGAAAUAAACAAAGUGAUUGAGAAUUAUCCAGAACGUGGGGUAAAAAAAAAAUGUUCUCGUCAUGCACAUGUAAUGAAUGUUAAACGAGUGAUGCAAUGGCACCUCUCGGCAGUUAUUCGCGGUACGGAAUAUGGAAUAAGUAAAAUGACACAAAACAAGCCUUUCUGCAGUGAAAGUGCGCCAUUUCGCUCCUGUCUUUUUGUGACGCAAAACGACAGGGAGCGCUAUUUGGCUUUUGUUCAUAUUUGCAUUGCCAGUCCAUCGGACUGAUUGAGUAUGCUCGUCAGCGCCAUCUUCUGGGACUUGAGCAAGGGUUAAAAGUCACCACUUGCGUGAACAAAGGCUUCUAAAAACCUGCAGAUACCGCAGGAUGGCGGAAAAGCACUACUUGUCUAAUUGAUUAGCGUUGAACUUAUUUUCAUCUCGAGCCACUGUGGCUUCGUACAGAAGGUCGAUAUGAUAGAAUUGUGUAAUCACCAUUUAUUAUACUGUUAAGACAGUAUCCCCCCUGUAUUUGAUUAUUAUAUAAAAUUUUAACAUUUUAAACUUCACAUGCUGAUAUCUUGCAUCAUAAGUGAAAAAAAUCUCUACCCCCCCCCAAAAAAAGAACAAAUAUAGCAAGAAACAAAAAUUGAUUGAUUUACUUAAGUGGGCCCCCAAAAACAAAGCCUUUGUUGUAAAUGAAAGUGUCAUUUACAACAAAGGCUUCGUCAACAUACUGCAUGGCUGACAAGUCGCCACCAGAUGGCGCCAAAGCUGCACUGUUUUGGCUGUGGUCUUAACGCAGUUCCAGCGAAUAUGAAUGGGGUUGUACGCUUUAUGGUUUAACGGACAACCGUGUCCAUCUUUAGGUUCGACGAAAUGUUUCACGUAACCAAACGCACACAUUCGUGCAGACACACACUUUACAUUAGUCUUCCAAGUCCUCAUUCAUUUCAUCGAUUUGCAUGCAAGUUGGGGAGCUCAAGUGCAAUAACGACCGCAUUAAAAAUGGCCCCAAAAAGAGCCAGUGAACUAUACAGCCAUGUUGUGAACACACACACACACACACACACACACACACACACAC